UUCGGGAAAGAUAGGACGUGGAAUUCUCGUUCGGCUUGUAGUGUGCACGCCAUUCGGUGAGCUGCGUGGGCCCAGUGUGUAUGUUAUUCUGCGUGUGGAGCCCUGCUGGGGACUAAGAAAGGAUCAAGUUUGAUUUUUUUUGUAGCUCAACCAAAUAGAAAUAGGCAGGUGAAAGCUGACGGGGAGGUUCAUCAAUCAAUCAAAGUGAACCGACUACUUUUUGGCGAAUCACUGGACGAAUGCUGGUGUAUCGCCGAACCGGCAGUGAGCGAAAGGAUUGCAGUUGAAACCCGCUUCGACGUUCAGGGACUGGCAAAUCAUAUCGCUUCUGCAGUUAGUGAUACACAUUGGAUGACGGUGUAGAACAUCGGACAGGAAGAGUGGUGGAUCAAAGCAAGCUAUCCGGAGAGCGUUUUCUGUGUUAACAUAGUCAUCAUAGAACUGGUUGCCAUCUGUCUACUAGUUGGACAAGUCCCCAACGGCCGAUAAGGGCGAGCCAGCCAGCACAAUGCCGUAGAAGCAGAUUAGAGUGAAAUUGUCGAGGAUCAGCCCUUCGUUAGGGGGUGUUUUUUUUUUUGGUUUCACCACAUGCAUUCCGCUAAAAACCAACAGAGCUUCUCAUACCAGAGUGGUUAACCCCGACGAGGUCUCCUCCCCGGAACUGGUAGACCUACUUUCCAGCACACGGUGACCGAAUAUGUGCGGUGCAAAGCAAAACUGUGAAUAAAUCGAUGUGGUUACACAUCUAGGACCCGACAGCAAGUGAAUUUUUUGCUACGUUUUGCCACUGUUGGCAAAUUGGAAUAAUAAUCGGUUUUACAAGCCCAAGUAGUCGGGCUGUGGUCUGGUGGACCGGGAAUAGUGAGUGCAUUUACGGGGACACAACUGAGCGGGUUUGUUUUUGUUUCUGCUGUGUUUUUUUGUGAUUGCUUCUGGUCUCGUGGAUAAAAGAAAAAAACUGCGAACAAUCAGAUAUGACCCGUGGCGCCACGAUUCGCAAAUAGCAUUAUUAAUUCCGGAAGUGUUGAUGGAGUGGAAUUCAUUAGCGGUAUGUUUUGCCGAAAACGGUUCCACUAAUUAGGCCUCGAUCGGAUGAGGUAAACUACAAUCGUGAGCCAAUUUUUGCGUGAUGAUGUUGAACUUUUUAUGGGACGUGGGAGUGUUUGUGUUUGUGACAGUGCGCAUUGAAACGAGUGGGUUAUUAGCCGCCUCACUAUAGCGACUUCAACAGAAGCGUGGAAACAAUAAAACAAAUUUAACGUGCAUCAAAAUAUUGUGCUGUCGCUCCCACUUGCCAUGCCGCUCGCAUGAGUAGCACCGAGCCCAGAGCAAAAAGACAUACCACAGCUCGUCCCAUUCGACUGUUCGUGACACAAUUUCCACGCGCUCGUUUUCAACCAUCCAACCCAACCAGAAUAGCAUCAUCUCCAGGGUGAAAUUAUUCUUACAUGUGAAAAAGGGAAAAAAGGAACCCACGACGUGUGUCAUACACGGAUUCCAGAUACUCCAACCCACUGUUGAAGGAAACGUCAUACACAUCCAACGCUUCGUAAUAGCAAAAGAACAAGAGCGGAAGGAAUUCUUUGACGAGGUGAGGAGUUUUUCAUUCCCUGGAGCAUUCGGCGCCAAACGACAGUCAGAAGCUCGGAAAGGUAUGAGCUAUAGUAUGGGAAAAUAUUAAUAGCUCCGGUGGUCGUCACACCCGUCGGAAAGCACAUUAAUUUUCACCGUGCUGACUGUUGACUACGACCCGUGUGUUAGCGAACUAGAAUUACUGUUGGUUGCCAACAUCUGUCAGGACCCUAUGAGCGAGCCAAGGUUCUAGAUUGGAACGAAGUGAGUGGAGUGCUGCUGCUGGAAAAGAAAGGAUAUUAAAGCUUCCGUGAAUCCUUUUCUCACCUUAGAGAUCCGUACAUUGAACGACAAACAAAAAACGGUACGCUCGUUGGAACGCAGCCAAGGUGAUUAUAGCGGAAAGCGGAAGAAAAUUCAAAUUACCUAACACCGUGUAAUGAUAAGUGAUUAUUAAGUGAACGAUCUCAGAUAACACGCUUCAUUCCGACUCGACUCUGGGCUGCAUCGUUGAAAAGAAGGCCAAACGACUACUGAUAGCGGGAAAUAAAUUGCUGCUUUCCACAGCACCGAACCCCGACCACUGAACUGACUUAACAAACGAAGAAAGAUCGUGAGUUUUCAUCGCAUUCAAUGGGUGUGUGUUUGGCUACUGGCUUGUUCGUGGAGCCGAAAGCAAAGCAAGGAUUUCUGAGCCUGACUCUACAGUGAAAAACAAGCCUGAAAGUUCGUAUUGAAGCAGUGCAAGAAGAAUAAAUUAAAAAUCAUAUUCAUUGAUAAAUUACACUCGGUGUUCCGUUAAGACUUACCGUCGAAUGCAGCACUAAGGCGGAGGGAUAAAACUUCGCUGACCUAGUUGAAGGCGGCAUAAAUAGAUAAGGACUUACGCGAGGAAGAAAUACGGGCGGAUUUACAUUUCCACUCGAACCGGGUGCAUCAGAUGCCGGAUACAAUCACAUAAAAGCUCGACUCAAGGUGCCCGCAUCUGGAAACGCCGCUUUUUAUUUAUGCUACAUGUUUUCAGAUUGCAACCGUCAUGAGAUCGAUAGUGAACCGAACGUAGUAACAUUGAACCGAACCAGUCUGACAGCACAGAGAGAGAGAGAGAGUGAUAAGACGCUUCCGACGAUACGAUGAUGGCAGCAGGGUUGCUUUCACCACUGGUUGACGAGCGGAAACGUUUGCACUAGCACGCGACCGUGUAGGACAUACGCCCCCACGCAACACGGACUGCCACAAUCAUUGAACGUACUGCCGGCGUUUUUUUUAAUUAAAACUUUCAUUUUACUUGACCAGAUUGUCCGAGUCCCAACAGCAGCAGGUCGCCGAACUCGCGUUUUCAUCUGUCGAAUGCCCACCGAUAUUUACUACAUGAUGACAGGAUUAGUACGACCGGCAGCAGUCAGUUGUCGGAUAAUCAUCUAUUCGACGACGUUGAUUCUGCUGGUGUUCCUGAGGCAAGUGUACUCCUUCUGUCCGUCGAUAUGUACGUGCGAGGUGGAUCCCAAUGCGCGCACGUGGUGUAUCGGAGCCGGAUUGGACGUAGUUCCCAUUCAGCUCAAUCCGGACGUUCGGUUUAUCAAUCUCACUGCGAACCAUAUUACGAACGUUCAUUUCACACUGAGCUUCUAUCACAAACUGGAAGUGCUUGACAUUUCCUUCAACCGGAUUGAUACGCUAGGGUCCCGAAAUUUUGACACACAGGAGAACUUGAGGAUGCUAAAUCUAAGCGAUAAUGCGAUUGUGAGCAUCCCGAAGGAUGCGUUCAAAGGAUUGAAGCGAUUGCAAAUCCUAAAACUGUGUAACAAUCGUAUCGAAACCAUUCAUCCGACGGCAUUUCAUGAUUUAAGGAAUCUUAUGGAGCUGGAUUUUUCCAACAAUGCCAUAAUUUCGCUCGAUCAUGGUGUCCUGAGGCAUCUGUAUUCAUUGGAAACAAUCUCCUUCCAGAACAACCAAUUUUUGGAAGUACCGUACGAACAUAAUCUCGAACAUCUAUCCCGGCUUCAGUCGCUUGAUCUGUCCGUCAAUUUGAUCGAGUUCAUCGCCAAUGACAGCUUCGUGAACCUGCGAGAGCUACGAACGCUUAGACUGGGUGGGAAUGUGCUCACUGAACUGGACUUUGGUGCAUUCCAUGGCCUGAAUGCACUUCGAGUGUUAGACCUAGCUGACAAUAAUUUUACGGUCGUGCCAACACUAGAAUUAUCAAAGCUGUGUAAUCUGACAUACUUAUCGCUGAGUGGAAACAAUUUCGAUGCUCUACCAGCCGUGGCAUUCCUGAAUCUGUUUCAGCUGCGCCAUCUCCAUUUGGACCGCUUGGAUCGACUCGAACGGAUAGAUGUGAGGGCCUUUGUCGACAACACCAACCUGCACACACUGACACUGGACGACAAUCCAUCAUUCGGCAGUUUUCCGCUGCGGCUGUUCCAAGGUAACCCACACCUGGUGGAAAUCUCAAUGCGGCGCAAUGUCCUUGUGCGGUUAGAAGCGGUCCAAUUCCCACUGGAUCGGUUGCACCGGCUGCGGUUGGCCGGCAAUCCGCUGGUUUGCAACUGCUCCCUACUUUGGUUGUGGUGGCUGGUUAGCGAGUCCGACCCGGAUGAUGAAUUUUUGCUGACAUCGGCGGCCCUCACCAGUGCCGGCACUGCGAUGGAUGAACAAACCUCCGCACAUCCGCUGCUGAUCGAUCGGGAUGAGCUGGGUUGCGAUGUAUUCGAAGAUGGCCGGAAAAUACGGCGGACACUCCGCACGAUGACCGAGUCGGACAUGAAUUGCCCAACGCACGUGGUAACGGUGAUCAGCGCUGUGUUCAGCAUUCUGCUACUGAUGGCAACCGCUGCCAGCGUUUUGUACUUCUUCCGGCUGUCGAAGAGACGGAAAAAGUUGCUUCACGAACGGAAGAAUGCAAACGAUUUAAUUGUGCCACAAAAAGUAGAUAAACUAGAGUUAGAGCGCUAUUUGGCGCAACAAAGCGCCACCAGCGAGUAUCGACCGUUGCGCGGUGGCCCAUGGGAGGUCACACCGAUGCUGAAGGACGAUCAGUUCCAGUACGGUAACGCAAUCCACGAAUUGGAACACUACGAGAGCUUCGAGUACUACCAGCAACAUCCGGUUCAACAGCACCAGCAGAAGCGACCCCUCGCGAGGCCCCACAUUGUGUACGUAUGACUCUAGACCGGUCGAAAAAUCCGUAGUAUAAGCAGCAAUAGAAAAAAGGCCACUGGCAACCACAGCCGAAGCAACAGUGUGCGGCCGCUCAUCGUCGAUAGUGCCGUUUAAGGUUAAAAAUUCUGACUUUUCUUCUUUUCGUUAUCUUUUUCUUUCGCUCGAUUCGCUACACUCAAGUGGUGUAGGCGGAACCGGAGAAUUACGGUAAGGGAAAUCAAAUCGCUGUAUAGAUUUACAUAAAAUUAGCUAACCCUCGUCCCACUUCCGAAAAUUGUAGGUAUUUGUUGGAAAUGUGUAAAUAGAAGAAAAUGUGAAUAACGCUAGGAUAGCAAGCAAGUAGAAUUGAGAAACAUUAUAAAGACAUGAAUAUUUACAGGAGCUGAGCAAAAAAAUGUAGGCUCAUUUGAUAUUAAGCAGAUAGGGAAACAUGCUAGAGGAACUUGGUUUGAAUUUUUUCUUCAAACAAGGGAUAACCGGUGACGGAUUUGGGAUUCAGAGAAUUCAGAGCACAUUUUCGUUUUUUGUCCAAUUCACGCAUUUUUUGUGUGACAUAAACCAUUCAGUCUGCUAAUGAACACAUCUAUUUCCACUUGGUUACAACAUAAUUAUUUCAGUAGAGAUUAUUUUUAGACUACUGUUAAUUCAGAUUCUCAUAGUAGCAGCAGCAGCAGCAGCAGCAGCAGUCGGAAAUCGAGAGCCUAACAAUGGCUAACGGUUGGAAUAGUUUCGAGCCCAGUUAAGAAAUCUUUUUACGUUUUUUGCUACGCCGCCUAAAGUGGCGAUAUAAAAUUGUUAACAUUUUUCACCCUUUAAUUCCGGAACCAAAUGUUGUAUCCGGAUGAAAUUCUAAAGCUUCGUAUGAGAGCAUAAGACCAUCAAUUCGAGUCUAAGUUUGAGAAAAUCGGUCGCGCUAUAUCUGAGGAAAGUGAGUAAGUCAUCAGCUUCGGUGUUGGUUUUCGUUGAAAUGUAUAUGCGUGUAUGAAAUUGAACAAAGCGCGCUGUGUGCAUCGUUUGUAAAGGUGUGUAGUGUUUUCUUUUUCCACGUACCGGUGCGUACAGGCUUUGUUUAGUCAUUUUAUAUGGCGGUUUGUAAAGCUUUGACACUUACCGCCCUGUAACUACGCAACCGGAAGUCGGAUCUGGAUGAAAUUUCACCAGUACUUUCGAAUGAGGAUUAUAUGCUCACAAACCAACAAGUUCUCCUUACUAGAAGAAUUUAGCAGUCAGUUUUAUACGUUUGUGAAAAAAUACUCAUAAAAUUGAAGAUAUUCCACUUAUUGCACUCUAGUUCCGAAACCAGAAGUCGGAUCCGGAUGGAAUUUUUUAACAACUUCAACGCCUUCGUUUGAGUUUUGGUUUGAAAAAAUCAGUAUAGCCAUUUCCGAGGAAAUUGAAUGCACAGCAGGCUAUGGAACUAUAAGACCUUUCAUUUGAAUUUAAGUUUGUGAAAAUCGAUUCACCCAUCUCCGAGAACUGUGAGUGAAUAUUUUUGUUACAUACAUACACACAUACACACAGACACACACAUACAAAAAACAUACUGUUAGGCGAUCCAGGAAGCUAUGCGAGAAGACGGUUGAUUUUCUCGGUGCGACAAUGUCCGAUGGUUGUGCAAUACUUUGUCCGAUACUAUCACUUGAGAAAUUUAACAAUUUAUGGGUUUUCUCAAUUGAUUCACGAGUAAAACGCGUGUACUGCUUAUGGAGGUUCAAGUUCAAGUAAGUUGUAUUUCAGUAGAAGGUAUAACAGAGCUUUUAUUGGCGCCAAAAUCGUUUUGUAAAGGUUGGUAACACCAAGGGGUACUCGAAUGUUUCGUUGGUUGAUUGAAAUGUCAAGUACACCAACAUGUCGGCCCGCCUUGAAAGGAACUUUCAAACAAACCAAGUCAAAACAUUUCUGGCUAGUGUCGGGUGGUGCCUAUGCUGACGAUAAAGGCUUGACUGGAUGACUGUGUUGUUCAAUUGGCAAUGGACAGACUUCGGUGACUGCUCUUCUGUAGCUUCCACUGGCAGUUUUAACAUGAACAACACGAACCCUUCCAUCAGGACCAUGAAAAACCGUUUCAACUCGACCGAGGUUCCAGCGCAUGGGUGGAGCGUUGUCCCUCUUCAAAAGCACCAGGGUUCCGACUUCGAUGUUUGGUAUGACAGUCGGCCACCUUUUACGAUUUUGUAAUUGACCGAUGUAAUCACGUGACCAAGAUUUCCAAAAGUGUUGAAGUCUCUGUUGCAUUUUCUGGAACGAAUUGAGGCGAUUAAUAGGAAGGUUACAAAGAUCAGGCUCUGGGAGAGCGCAUAGUGAUUCUCCCACAAGAAAGUGUCCAGGUGUAAGAGCAAUAACGUCGGCUGGAUCCGAUGAUAGCGGCGUGAGAGGUCGUGAAUUCAUGAUGCCCUCAAUUUGAACGAUGAGCGUGUUGAAAUCAUCUAUCGUGAGUAAUGUGUCCUUCAUCACUCGGUACAGAUGGUAUUUGAAGGUCUUCACUGCGGCCUCCCACAAUCCGCCAAAGUGGGGCGACCGCGCCGGGUUGAAGUGAAAGUUGAUUCCAGAUUCGGUGCAAUAUGCUGCAACUUCUUCUGCUCGAUGCAUUGCGUUGAAUUCCGACUGAAGUUCUUGUAGCAUGCGAUUUGCACCUACAAAUGUGCGUGCAUUGUCGCAAUAGAUGUCAGCCACGCGACCUCGGCGACUGACGAGGCGUUUGAGCGCAUUAAUGAACGCAGCUGACGUCAGAGUGUAGACCAUGUCGAUGUGUACAGCCUUAGACCACAUACAGACGAAUAUAGCGACGAAUAUUUUCACCGACGAGCCGCGACGACUUGGUGGCCUUACGAAAAAUGGCCCGCAAUAAUCGACACCGCACGAGAUGAACGCGCGCGACGGAGUAAGUCGAACUGGCGGUAGUUGUCCCAUUAUUUGGCUGCCAGGGCUCGGUUUACAGCGAAAGCAAUCCAGACAUUCUCGAACUACCCUUUUUGCAAUGUCUCGCCCCCUGAUUGGCCAAAACCGUUGAUGCAUAGUGGAUAGUAUUAACUGUGGACCCGCGUGCAACAUUCGUAGGUGAAUUGUCCUUGUUAUAAGUAAUGUCAAGUGAGCCUUCUUCGGUAAAAUCAUCGGAUAUUUUGUAUCAAAUGGAGCAUCAAGCAGCUGCAAGCGUCCCUUUACGCGCAAGAUACCAUCUAUAUCUAAAAAGGGAUGUAAAAGUUUCAUUUGCGAUUUAAACAGAGGUAUAUUUUGUUCUGCUUCUUUGUGUUUUUGCAAAAAUCGAAUCUCUGGCGAAAAAUAAUGUAAUUGUGUUUGUUUAAUUAGCCUUUUCAAAGCACUAUCAAGUUCCUUGCACGAGAGUGAUCCUAUACAACGAUUUUCGGGAAUCUUCAUACGGCAAUUGUUGGUAAAUCGCAAAAUCCAAGCAACAGUUCGUUGCAGCGGAGAAAGUUUGGAAUACUUUUCUAUAAAUUCCAGUGUAGCUGAGUUUGUAGUGGUAACAACUACCACCGAUUGUCGGGCUUCGAGUUCCCGUGCUUGUAAAUGAAGUGGGGAAAGAUGAAUACAAUUUGGUGGCCAAUGGUUUACUUCAAAGCAAAUAAACGGUGGACCAUGCCACCAUAACUUGUCUCCAAUUAGUGUAGAUGGUAGAACACCGCGAGAAAUCCGAUCAGCUGGGUUGAGAUCGGUGGGCACAUGUCGCCAAGAGCUUCCCAUUGUCAAUCGGUGAAUUUCAGCAAUUCUAUUCGACACGAACACUUUCCAAAUCGACGAUGAUGAGGCGAGCCAGUGGAGCACAAUUGUCGAAUCGGUCCAAUAAGUAACUGUACAGUUUAAUUUUGUUGCAUCCAGAACAUAAACUGUUAAUUGUGCUGCGAGAACAGCAGCGCACAACUCUAGUCGAGGAGUAGACAGCUUACUGAGAGGACUAACGCGCGAUUUCGAGAUUAACAAGUUGCUAAACGAUAUGCCCUUAGCUUUCGUCGUCUUAACGUAUAAACAGCAUCCAUACGCACGGUCUGAUGCGUCCGAGAAACAAUGCAGCUCAAUAAUUUCAUGGUGAUCUAUGAGAACUCGUCGUGGAAUAUUCAGUGAACUGAGUUCUUUUAUUUCGGCUCGAAACUGUAGCCACCAUUGUUGGAACUCAAGAGGUAACUGCUCGUUCCAUUCAAACUGUUUAGACCAAAGCGAUUGGAGAAAGAUUUUUGCACUAACAACUGCUGCCCCAGCGAGACCAAGAGGGUCAAAUAAACUUGACAUUUCCGACAGAACUACUCGUUUCGUUAUCGAAUCGAAAUUAGAAAACGAUGGAACGUUGAAACCGAAACAAUCCGAAUUCGGGUACCAUUUCAGUCCUAGUGUUUUAACUGGAUCGUUCGAGCUGAUUCCGAACUCUGCACGAGUGUCUCGUAAUGGCUCGGGAAUAUGAGCGAGAACUUCUGCGUUGUUGCUGCACUAUUUCCGUAAAAUGAAUCCUCCCGAUUGGAGGAGAGCGAUGAGUUGAUGAUUGAUCUCGAUUAAACGUUGCUUGUCAUCGUCUCCUGAUAAAUGAUCGUCGACAUAGAAUGUCUUCUUCACUCUUGGUGAUGCUAGUGGGUAGUUAUCAGCUUCAUCUUCCGCCAGUUGAUUCAAAACGCGAGUGGCCAAAUAAGGGGCUGGGGCCGUACCGUAUGUUACGGUAUUUAACUGAUAGACUUUCAAAUCGUCACUUGGAUGGUACCGCCAAACAAUUUGCUGCAGAGGACGGUCGGCAACAUGAACGAUGACUUGGCGAUACAUUUUUUCCACGUCAGCAGUUACUACGUAUUUCGGCAAACGGAAAUUCAGCAACAUGGAUAUCAAUGGCGGUUGAACAGUUGGUCCGAUGUAGCAAAGAUCAUUCAACGAUAUGUUGUUGGACCCACGACAUGAGGCAUCGAAAACGACACGUGUUUUGGUCGUUGUACUCUCUGGACGUUGGACUGCAUGAUGAGGAAGAUAAAAGUGUGAGUUUGUGUGAUCCGGUACGGCCUCACUCAUAUGUCCCAACAUUUGAUAUUCUUUCAUGAAAGCUGAGUACUCUAACUGUAGUUGUGAGUUGGAAAUGAGUUUCCUCUCGAUGCUUAAAAAUCUUCGUUUCGCAACCGUGAACGACUCUCCCAAUGAAGUCAGCAUCUCUUCACGAAUCGGCAAACGAACCACGUACCGACCGUCAGGGGCUCUACAAUGUGUCUUCAUAAAAUGAGCUUCACAAUGUUGCUCUUCUAAUGAAAAAGCCUUUCCAUUUUCGAAACUUUCCACCUCCCAAAACUUGCGAACUAUUGACGCCAUGUUGUCAAUAGUGGAAACGUUGCAUACCACACUAGAAUUAUUGUUCUCAAAUGCCUCGCCAGCGACAACAUAUCCAAAAACAGUCUUGCGUAGUAUAGGUAGACUAUUGCCAAGACUGAUUUGAUCCUCCUCUAGGAUGGAGAAAAAUGAUUUUAUUCCAAUUAUCAUAUCAACGUCGUGUGCGAUAUUGAAUUUAGGAUCAGCUAAAGGAAGGUGGCGAGGGACGGUCCAUUUCGAUAUGUCUACAUUGACCGUUGGAAGUAUUCUGGUUAAGGAUGGGAGAAUCAAGAAGUUCAUGCUUUCUGUAUACGAGCUUAUACGUGAUGCCACAAUAAUAGGUAUUUGCUGUUUCACCUUUUUUACUGACUGACUGAUACCAUAUACAUCGAUAUUAGCUGAUGAGCGUUUCAAACGGAGAGCUUGUGCAAGCGAUUCGGUAACAAAAUUGGCCUCGGAGGCACAAUCUAAUAACGCUCGAGCGUACAUGUAUUGACCAUUGACAUCUUUGACCUUCACGUAUGCAGUCAACAUGAAGACAACCGAUUUAUUAGCCUUCGAAAAAUAUGAGUGCAUCGGGAUGACAGUUUGACAAUUGGUUACUUGUGAAGAACUGAGAGCCGACCUUGACGGUAUACCUUGCGAUUCUGACGAUGAAACGAGAGACGAUGAACGAUUACCAUGUCUACCCGACGACGACGAAGCAAGUCCACUAGCCCGUGGGACCUCAUGACGUUGAUCGAUAACGCAUGAAACCGACGGCGACGAUUCGACGACCGAUGCCGAUCGUGAGUAUUGUUCACAUUGAGCCAUUUCGAUAGGCAGAGCCACUUUAUCAUCAACUUGAUCUUGUUUUAGAGAAGUUGAAUUCAAGUGCAACAGUGUAUGGUGACGUUUGUUGCAUGUUCUAAAUGAACCAGCAGUACAAUUUUUCAUCAUAUGUGUAGAACGUAAACAGUUUAAGCAAAGACCGUGUUUUUUGGCAACUUCAAACCGUUUUUGUGGGGAUAAUUUUCUGAACUCGUCGCACUGCGAUAGUGUAUGUGUUUGUUUGCACACAAUACAUUUCGAUAAAUUUUCACUACUGGAAUGAUAAAUUGCCGUUUUAUUACGCCAAGGUUUUGAUUCAGCCUUCAGAUCGGACUUGGCAACAUGUUGCGAUGAUUGGGAGAGCGUUAGAGAUUGCAAAAUACGAGAGCGUUUCUUAAUAAAGGUGAUAAGGUCAUUGUACGUUGGACGACCAUCAUUGUCCAACUGAGAUUCCCAUUCCUUCUGUGAAACAAGGUCCAAUUUACUGCUUAGCAGUUCGACAAGAAAAGAAUUCCAAUGAUCUUUAGAAUCUUCCAGCUUAUUUAGUACACUCACAUGCUUAUCAAAUUCGUCCGCUAGGUCUGAUAGAGCAGUUGCGGACUCCUUCCGGAUCGAAGUUGUGGACAACAUAGCCGAAAAGUGUUGCUUUAUUUGCAGAUUCUUAUUAUCAUAGCGUUUUCGCAAAGUAUCCCAUGCAAUUGUAUAAUUUGCUGCUGACACGGUCAGAGACUGAACUAGACGUAGUGCUUCGCCUUUCAAUACAGCCUUUAGAUACUGGAACUUUUGUACUGAUGAAAGAUGAGGGUUUGUGUGUAUGAGAGUGAUGAAAAGGUCAUGAAAAUUCAUCCACUCAUCGAAGCUACCGUUGAACUCGGGUAUUUUGAGUUCUGGUAAACGAAUAUGAGUACUUUGAGCAGGUUGAGUAUCAUGGGAAGGUGAUGAUCUAGUAGAUGCAACAGCAUCAAGCUUUUCAGCUAAAGAUCCUUUCAGUUGAAAGAAAUCCGUUUCGAAUGCGAUGCGUAUGGGAGAAACAUCGGCUUCUAAUUCUUCUUCGAGCUCAAUUUCUGCUUGCACCUCAUUAAAGUCUUCCCACAACUGAUCAAGUUUUUCGAUCCGAAAUUUGAGCUGAGGAAAAUCUCGGUCGAACACGAAAUUAGCAUCAAACUGCUUGAUCAAUUUUGCAGACCCAACAAUAUUGUUUCGACGAACGAGAAGCUUUUUUAUUUUCUUGGCUUUAUUCAUUCUGUUUUCACGCCAAGCACGAGAGUACAAUUUAUAAGCUAUUUGAUGCCACUCACCUUUUUAGCUCAAGGGAGGUUACCUGUGCUCAUAUGUUUCGAUUAAAUCGAACCGUUGGUUACCGCUUCCAGGCCUGUCGAUGGUUUCCGAUUAGAAGAUUCCGUACAGUUGACACAAUGAAUGAUGACUCCGUUGAAAGUGAUUUCUAUUGUUGAGGGUCAACCCACGCUAACCUCCAAAUUCGGCCGAGCUUUAUAUGACCUGGCAGUCCCGGGUUUCGGCACCAAAAAAUGUUAGGCGAUCCAGGAAGCUAUGCGAGAAGACGGUUGAUUUUCUCGGUGCGACAAUGUCCGAUGGUUGUGCAAUACUUUGUCCGAUACUAUCACUUGAGAAAUUUAACAAUUUAUGGGUUUUCUCAAUUGAUUCACGAGUAAAACGCGUGUACUGCUUAUGGAGGUUCAAGUUCAAGUAAGUUGUAUUUCAGUAGAAGGUAUAACAGAGCUUUUAUUGGCGCCAAAAUCGUUUUGUAAAGGUUGGUAACACCAAGGGGUACUCGAAUGUUUCGUUGGUUGAUUGAAAUGUCAAGUACACCAACACAUACAUUUGCUAAGUUUAUUUAUCUGAAUGGUAUAUGAUAUAUGAUAUUCGACCCUCCGGGCCUCGGAUGAAAUGUCGGGUUUCAAAGUGAUUGCAUAGUCUUUCUGAAUAAUUUUCGAACAGAAGAUUUUUGAGAAAUGAAUUUUCAUAGCCUUUAUAUCUCAACUCUUUGCAAAAUACAUGAUGAACGAUUUCGCCAAUGAACAAAAACUUCACCUUUCAGUUCGCGUAGGGUGGUUGAAAUUGCAAAAAAAGACGGGUGGGUUAUGUCGGAGACAUAACUGGAUGUCGUGAAUACGAAAACAACUGACAUGUUCUUUAACACUUCCGAAUAUCAAUUAGUUGAUCAAUUGUAUGAAUUAUGCAAGCAUUUCACAUUUUUGGCACAAACAAAGAAGGCUUCACUUGAUCUCGAUUACUGGAUUUCACACAGCGAAAAGUGCACAAAUCUAAUCAAACAGUUCUAGAUUUGCACUAAACUGAGGAUAUUUACCUUCGAUUUGCGAGCAAAAAAUCCUAAUAGUUCUUUAGAAAACUUUUAGAGCCAUUAAAACGGCUGAUUUUGUGUGAUGCUCCCCACCUUUGUCCUCUUUUCAUUGUUUUUUCACCAAUGCAAACAACUGGCAGCUGUGACGUAAUCCCUCUUGUCGGAAGCGAAACUAGCUUUGCAAACGACACACAAUACAUCUGCUCGCAGUGACGAUUUGCAUUUCAUUGAUCAGGAUGCUGUACAGGAUUCAUUCCUGCCUUUCAGAAAGACCAAAUUGUGGAACUCACUACGAUAUUAAGCACUGUUCGGAACAUUUUUCUCGAACGAUUUGUUGUACAGCAACAGAUAUUUUGUUCUCUUCCUCAGAAAGCGUUCUAAUUGCCUGAUGUUGACAUGGGUCAAAUGAGACAGGUUUUUCAAUAGUGUACUAUUGAAAUACUUCAAUUCUGUUGCUAUACACGUUUAAGUUGAAAACUUUCGAUUCUAUUGGUAGUUAGAUUAUAUAAAUCCUUUCACAGAUCACUGAGCUAUGAGCUUUCAAAAUACGAGAAAGGCAAACGCGCCUUAUGAAUUAACAGUUCGGCUGAAAAGUUCGUAUCGUUUAAUAGAAACACACAUUUUUUUGCCAAAAUUCGUUUUUAUUAUUCAACAUAAUUGCCAUCAAAGGCGAUACAGCGAUUAUAGCGAUCUUCCAACUUUUCGAUACCAUUUUUGUAGUACGAUUGGUCCUUUGCCUCAAAAUAGGCCUCAGUUUCAGCGAUUACCUCUUCAUUGCUUCUAAAUUUUUUACCAGCGAGCAUUCUCUUGAGGUCUGAGAACAGGAAAAAGUCACUAAGGGCCAAAUCUGGAGAAUACGGUGGAUGAGGGAGCAAUUCGAAGCCCAAUUCGUACAAUUUCAGCAUGGUUUUUCGUUGUUGUUUUUGAUCGAUUGUGAGCUCACGCGGCACCCAUUUUGCACAAAGCUUUCUCAUAUCCAAAUAUUCGUGAAUAAUAUGUCCAACACGUUCCUUUGAUAUCUUUAGGGUGUCAGCUAUCUCGAUCAACUUCACUUUACGGUCAUUGAAAAUCAUUUUGUGGAUUUUUUCACGUUUUCAUCGGUAACAGCCUCUUUUGGACGUCCACUGCGUUCAUCGUCUUCGGUGCUCAUAUGACCAGUACGAAAUUUUGCAAACCACUUACGAAUUGUUGCUUCGCCCGGUGCAGAGUCUGGAUAACACUCAUCAAACCAUUUUUUGGUAUCGGCGGCACUUUUUUUCAUCAAAAAGUAGUGUUUCAUCAACACACGAAAUUCCUUUUUUUUCCAUUUUUUUCACAAUAACAAAAGUAGCUUCACUCAAAAUGCAAUAUCUCACAAACUAAUAAUCAGACAGCUGUCAAAUUUAUACACGUAUCUUUUGAAGGUUGGUACUAACUGAAAAUGGAAUGGAUUUAAUUCUAGUGGCGCCCUCUCAUAGAAACGAUACGAACUUUUCAGCCGAUCUGUUAUCCUCUUUGAUACUCGUUUAUACCAAACAUUUCAGAAAAGUUUAAUUUCGAAUUGUUUGAGAUUAUGUCACACAACUGAAAAUUUUAUCAUAAAAUUGUGAUCAAAUUUCCGAUGGCAUGUAGCAAAAAUUAUGUUGAUUCAUUAGAUACAACAAGAGAUUUUGUUGAUUUCUAUGUUUGAUACAUGCUGACAAUGCUGCGCUCCUGUUACUUCUAUAAAUCAAAUUCAUGGUAAAUAGCGUUUUAUUGGGUUUAAAUCUAAAAUGAGCAGUACAAUCAACCAGUUGGAAUUAAAACAGCUUUUCGUUGCAUUGAUCACUAUUUAGAAUGUAGAAAAAAAUUAGUAUGUGGAAGAAAAUGUUCAUAUUGACCCCCCUACGUGCAUAGAAAAUAUCGCAGUCAUUUCCGAUACAGUUGCAAACUUAUUCAGCAGCGAUUUUUUUCACUGAAGCGGCGACUCUUAUCCCUUUCGAUUAUCUCUUCAGCGGUAUUUCUGUGGGUGAAAAUUCAUCAUAAACACAGAAAAAAAAUAUUAAUUUCCAUAAAUUGAACCGAAUGCCGAUGCAUUUGCACAUUUACUCGAAAAUGUUCGAAAACUGUUCCCUCAGUUCAUGCGAAGCUGAUGUGUACUCGGUGUUCGGAGUAGGUCGAUUGAGAUGUUCAGUUUUAUUAAUUAUGGUUCAGUGACAUGCCUACCUACAACAUCACAAACAAAAUUUUAUUGCAAUUUAUGAGCGUUGAAAACUACAAUCGAAAUCACAGUCGCUUGGACUUUUCACGUGUUAAAGCUUGCUUCAGAUAGAAUUGGAACAAAGACAAUUGCCUGUAUUUCAGUUAUUUAUUAUUGAAUUCAAGAUCUUUUUCAUACAAAUGUAGCGUUUUCUUCAUACUUUUAAGAAAAAAUAUGGUUUCGAAGGAAUUCUCGAAUUUUUACUGUAACACGGCUCAUUAGGCGGCGCACACCUUCUUUGUCCAUCGUUUUAGCUAUCUUAUUCCACCAGGUCGUCAUCUGAUUGAUGUCUUUGACAACCUUUCCCUUUGCCUUGAGUCUCCUUUUCAUGAUUGCCCAGUAUUUCUCAAUAGGACGGAACUGGAGGCAGUUGGGUGGGUUAAGGUUUUUCGGAACAAACUGGACCCCUUCUCUGCAUACCAUUCUUGAACGACUUUGCUGUAUUGACAGCUUGCCAAAUCUGGCCAAAACAUAACGGGAUGGUCGUGGGAUCAGAGGAACGGCAAAAUUCGUUUUUGGAGACACUCUUUUUGGUAUAGUUCCGAUGUCAUUGUAUUAUUUGUAACGAAAACUUUCGUUUUUUUUUGCCACAGCUGCAAAUGCCCUGCCAAAUCAUAAAUUUUCUUGCAAAUUUGUCGGAAAAAACAAAUUUAAAUUUGGCUGGAACAUCCCCCGAGCCGUUGCCAAGUAAAGUUUUUGACCUGGGAUUUGCCCGAAAUCAGCCAUGUUCGUGCGAAGCUGAUGUGUACUCGGUGUUCGGAGUAGGUCGAUUGAGUUCUAUUCGAUGUUCAGUUUAAUUAAUUAUGGUUCAGUAACAUGCCUACCUACAGCAUCACAAACGACAUUCUAUUGCAGUUGAUGAGCAAAGCAGUUGCGCCGUAAAAACUACAAUCGAAAUCACAGUCGCUUGAACGUUUGGCGUGUUGGAAAACGAUGGUUUACCACAACUGCUAUUGAUUCACUUAUAAAUAUACCAUAGAAUUUGCAAUAGCAAAAAAUUUAACAAUUUUCCAUAUCAUAACUUUUUCCUACGAUUGCUGAAAAUGUCCGAAAUUAUCCCAUUUUUAUUACUAUUGAUACAACAAUUCAUUAAACAUCGAAUUAGCAACAAUAAAUAUAUUUACAAAUUUUUCUACGCACUCUAAAAAUCUCCAAAAUUCACGUUUGCAUUAAAAAAAAAUGAUUUUUUUUUUCGGAUGACGAUAUAAAAGAAGCUAAGAAGCUGAUAAUUGUUUUCCAUAAAUUUUCCAUGGAAGGUAGGAGUAGAUCUUACGCUUCAGGUUGAUCCGGGAGUUCUCGGUUGGACGCAGCGCAGAACCGCCAAGAAUGCCGCGUCUUUGCCCUUGAUUUCUUGAUGAACGACGCAACUUCCGGCAAGCAUUUCGUUCUAGAAAUUUUUAUCGUUCACGGCCAGUCCGAAGCGAAUGAAGAGCGGCUUUGGCAUCCCUUUCUGGCUGAUUGUCAGCCGCAGCUGCACCUUCUUGGGGAACUUGGUGUGUGAAAUGAACUUCACCUCGGAGCUCACUUCCUUCGUGGAGGGAGUAAAAUGCGAAGUGCCGCUGCUUCAUUGCCUAGCUCCGAAACCAGUCUUCCGCUUCCUGACAUUUAUGUUCAUGUUCGCCAGGAACUUUUUCCCUGUUUGGCCGGUUGCAGCGAUGUAGCCUUUUCCUUCGAUCUUCCUCUUCACCUUCCUAUGGUGCUUCUUGUGGCUCAGAGUCGUCGGCGGUCCGAAAUCGAGCUUUCUUUCGAUGAACUGAUUGUUGUCUAAUAGUGUUGUAGACGCCAGAACGGACGUAUCCGGUGACCACAAAGUGCCGCACGAUGUCCGUUUUCGACACGGUGAGGUGCGCACACUUCUGAACGGAGUUGCUUCACUGUUUUUGUCAUCACGGUUAGAGUUCGACUGAUAGAGCUAUCAAAUUUUGUCUGCUGACUCAUGGGUUACUAUGAUUGAUGCUGCAUGGGUAGUUUUGCCAGUGCGGGUGAUGGUAGACCCAUGCAAAAUCGGUAAAUGAUGUUUCCAAUCCAAGACAACACCUCCCGUUUAAAGGACAUUCUUCAGAAAUUUGAAGACUUUCCAAGAUCUAACAGUUCGGCUGAAAAGUUCGUAUCGUUUAAUAGAAACACACAUUUUUUUGCCAAAAUUCGUUUUUAUUAUUCAACAUAAUUGCCAUCAGAGGCGAUACAGCGAUUAUAGCGAUCUUCCAACUUUUCGAUACCAUUUUUGUAGUACGAUUUGUCCUUUGCCUCAAAAUAGGCCUCAGUUUCAGCGAUUACCUCUUCAUGGCUUCUAAAUUUUUUACCAGCGAGCAAUCUCUUUAGGUCUUAGAACAGGAAAAAGUCACUGGGGGCCAAAUCUGGAGAAUACGGUGGAUGAGGAAGCAAUUCGAAGCCCAAUUCGUUCAAUUUCAGCAUCGUUUUCAUCGACUUGUGACACGGUGCAUUGUCUUGAUGAAACAAAACUUUUUUCCUCUUCAAAUUAAGCCGUUUUUUUGAAAUUUCGUCCUUCAAACGCUCUAAUAACGCUAUAUAAUAGUCACUGUUGAUGGUUUUUCCCUUUUCAAGGUAGUCGAUGAAAAUUAUACCAUGCGAAUCCCAAAAUACAGACGCCAUAACCUUACCGGCCGAUUCUUGAGUCUUUCCACGCUUUGGGUUCAGUUCAUCGCGUGCAGUCCACUCAGUUGACUGUCGAUUGGACUCCGGAGUGAAGUGAUGGAGCCAUGUUUCGUCCAUUGUUAUAUAUCGACGAAAAAAAUCGUUUUUUUUUUUCGAUAUAACAGCUCCAAACACUGCUCAGAAUCAUCAAUUCGUUGUUGUUUUUGAAUGAUUUUGUGGAUAAUGUCACAGACAUAACUGGAUGUCGUGAAUACGAAUAUAACUGAAACGCUUUCUUCUUACUUUCGACUAUCAAUUAGUUGAUCUCUUGCCAGCUUUCCCCUUUUUCACUACUAGAAUUUGAAAUGAUGCAUCUAAACUGAGCCGGUGCUAUGCAUUUUAUAUUGCAAAUUAAUAGAGAGUUCCUACAACUACGAACUCCAACUGGUUGAAAGAAGGACCGUAUAUAGUAUAGCAAAGUAAAAUCUCGCAUAGUUCUUUGGGAAUAUGUUAAUGGUUUUAAAAAGAUCCGACUGGAUGAAUUCAGAAACUAGGGACUUGACCUGAGUUCAAGAACUACAUUCAGAACUUAGAGCAUGCUCAGAAUUCAAAAGCAAUUUAGUUUUUGAACUAGUUGCGAAACUGAAAUCAGUUCCGGAAUCCAGUACCAACAUGCAGGUUUUAAAUUCUGAACCUGUAUUCUGGAACUAAGUUCCUGAAACUAAAUUCUCCUCCCGACGAUCGAUGUCCAAAUGAAAGCACGACCUGCACGGCUUUAUGCCACGCAAAAGGUCUGCUUUCUUUGCCGACUGCUCCACCUGACAACAGAAGUCCAAAUGAGAGCACGACCUGAGCGUUUGAGGUUUCGUACCACGCUAAAAGUUUGCUCUUAUUACUGGCGACUGCUGCUCACGACGAUCUAAGUCCAAAUGAAAGCACGACCAGAGCGUUUCACGCUUUAUACUUGGUUUGUUCUUACUGCUGUUGGUGGGAGAAUCACACCUUGACAUCAGAGUUACCAUAUUCACAGAUUUUUCUGUAAAACCACAGACUUUUUUACCUAAUUUGCCGCACAGAUUUUGUAUCACAGAACACAGAUUUUAUUAAAAUUCACAGAUUUCUACAGAUUUUUAUGAAUAUUUCAUAAAAAUGGCAGAUUUUCAAAAUGUGUUUCACAGAUUUUCACAGAUUAUGAUCGAAAAUAUGCAACACAGAUGGUACACAGAUUUUUCAAGCUGAAACGCCGAUUUUAAAAUGGCAACUCUGCUCGACAUCCAGUUCCGUCUGAAGCACUAGAAGAAAUGAAGCGAUAAAGUGAGUCGUAUUCACGACAAAAAUUAUCUUCUUAUGUUAAUUUCCACUUGAAAUCAUCCAUCAAACCGUGAUUCCGAAUCUGGAAGUCGAAUUAAAUUAAAAUUAAACGAAGUUAUGGGAUCUGUACAGUCACAUUUUCUCAAUUUUAGUACAAUUUACCUUAUAACCAGAACCAGAAGAUGAAUACGGACAAAAUUUAACAGCAAACGAUGGGACUAUAGAGCCUUCCAUUUAAAGUUAAGUUUUUGAAAACAAGUUUAGCAAUCUCUGGACAGAAUGCAUAUUUCCGUUAUUUUGCACAUUCAAACAUAUGAAAUGGAAGUUUGAUCCAGAUAAAACUUAAAAGAAGGCUAUAAGACCAUUAGGCUAAGUUUUUGGAAGUCAUGCAUUUUUUUUUUCUUUUUUUACAUGUAUUACUACGUAACUAGAAAAGCGAAAUUCGGAUCUGUCUAAAAUUAAAUAGCAGAUUAUGGAACCACAAGACCUUUCAUUUAAAUCUAGGUUUGUGAUUACGGCUCAAUAUUCUCUGAGAAAGUAGAACGAACUUUUUCAAUUUUUUCACCUAUUUAACCCUACUGUUUCGGAACUCUUCUAUGUCAGAUCCGGAUAAAAUGUAAUAGCAGACUAUAAGACCGUAAGACCAUCAAGAUUGUAAAAGUCAGUUCGGUGGUUUCUUAGAAAAUCGGAGAAUGCUUCGGAAUUUUCAUUUUCUUUGUUGGACAUUUUUUUCCCGACAGUCCGAAACUGGAAUCAUAAAAAAUCAACAGCAGGCUUUGUUUAAGAAACUAGAUGGUGCCCUUUUUUCGUUUGGACUCCGGAACCGGGAGUUCGGUUCGAAUGCAAUUCAAUAGCAGGCUAUGGGAGAAUGAGACUUUCCAUUUGGAUCUAAGUUCAUGAAAAGCUGUCUUGAGCUGUACAGAUGUUUGCCGACCUCGUAUGAUAUAUGACACUCAGCCCCUUCCCGGGCUUUUGGUUGCAAAGCUUUUCUAUGUGAAAAAGGAAAACAACGGACGCAGCUUCCGUUACUCCCUCAAAAACGUGUUUAAUCCACCUAGCAGUGAGAUGAUACCUAUUUUUAUCAAUCCGCAUGUGUUUUUUGCAUGAAUAUUCUUCGGUGUUUAAGUUUUCAUGACAUUAUUUUAAUGACCCUCGUUUUAAGCGACAAUUUGAGAUUUUAAUCACUCAUUACUCUGUAAUGUCGAAACUGCAAAUCGGGUCGAAUUUGAAUCUAGAAGUGUGAUAAUCGAUUAAACAUGCCAUGAUAUGUAAGUUCCACUCUAGAGUUUACGGUAAUUUAAGGUACUUCCAGAGCCGGUAUUCAGGAACCAGCAUAACCCAAACCGAUUCGUAUGGCCAUAUGACGAAUAAAUUACAACAGUUUUGAGUUCAACUUUGAAGCUUUUCGGGAUUGUCAUCUUCUAUAUCGGUUUGAAUUUUAAAAAUUCAUCAUCAUGUAAUUCGAGAACCGGAAGUCAUAAUUGGAUAAAAUAAUUAAUUUUUGUAUAUAAGUUUGUUUUAAUUAAAAUUUUUGUUUCUGAAAUUUGAUUAGGCUUUUUUUGAGAAAACGAUUGAGCUUUGAGAAACGAUUUUAUACUGGAACCGGAAUUCUAAAAGCGGUAUGGCCGAAGUCAAAUAAAUUCACCUGAGUAGCUGUACACUUUACAUUUGUUUCAAAACAUUUGAAAAUCAGUUAAGACAUCUUUGAGAGAUCAUAGCACGAAUUAAAUUUUUAGGUGCCUUCUGAUCGACAACUGAAUACCACUAAAACUGAAAAAAGUUAAUUUUUUUAUCGACUAUCCAAAUCUGCUAACCCGAUAAACCUGAUUAAAUUAUGUGGAAUAGACAUUUUUAUACAAUCCCCGAAACCGGAAGUUGGAUCUGACUGAAAAGCAAGAUGUUUUAUAGAACUUUGAAACUUUUCAUUUGAAUCUUAGAUGAUUCUUAGAUUUCAUUUGCAUCUUAGAUCGGUUCAGCCAUCUUCAAGAAAAAUGAGUUACACAAUUUUGAUUUCGUUUCACAUAUCAUCCUGUAGUUCCGAAACCAGAGGUCGGAACCAAACAUAAUGCAGGAACUUUGUUUGGGAGCAUACGACUUUUCGUAUGAAUCUGAAUUUGUAGAAAAGAAAUUUUCCGAGAAAAUUAAUUGAAGUUAUUUGUCACACACGCAUUUGCUGAUCUCGACGAACUGAUUCGAAUGGUAUAUGGAUGUUAUGUAGUUCCAGCAUUUAUUGCUGUAAGUAGUUUAAAACAAAAUAAUUAAAAAAAAUUCUGCCAUCAUCUGGUUUAUAUAUGUCAUAUUCGAACGAUUAUGUUGCCAAAAACGAGCCGUGCCAAAAUCGGUCCGAGGCUAAAUGUCAUGAAAAAGAAUGCUGUACACAAUCCUUUUGGUUCUUAGAAACAAUUGUAUGUAACAGUAUAAAAAAUCGUGUUUUCCGUUGCUCCCAAGCAUUUCUUUGUCAUACAGCGCUCAAAACUCCUACUGCUGGAAUAGGGGGAAAAGUCGCUUACAGAAAAAUUUCGAUAUCUCCGUUAAAAAUGGACGGAUUUAAACAAUCUAUGGCUUGUUGGAUAGGUAUUACCGUGCGGAAUCUAAGUCUGAAAACAUAUUCUGUUUUCAAGGUCAAUUGUGACAGAUACUGUCAAAAAACUGAAAAUUUUGACAUAAAACUUUGUAUAACUCAAAAAGUAAACAUCCGAUCUCAAAACCAUUCAAUAGCGUUUUGGGUGACGGGGAGACCAUUCAUUUGCGACUAGUUUGAUGAAAAUCGGUCCAGCCAUCUCUGAGAUCUCGACCUCUUAGUUGACAACACACAUACGGACACACACAGACAUUUGCUCAGUUCGUCGAGCUGAAUCGAUUGGUAUAUGUCAUUCGGCCCUCCGGGCCUCGGAAAAUUUUUCGAAAGUUUGAGCGAAUUCUAUACCUAUUUUUUAUAUAUAUAAAAAUAGGUAAAAAGACUAGUAGGUAAUGUCAGAGACAUUACCGGAUGACGUGAAUACGAAUAAAAUAAAUGGUUCAGUUUCUUUGAUAUUAAGGAAUCUGAAUUUUGGACCUGCAUUUCUUGAACCAAAUUUUGAAGCUAGAACUAAAUUUUGAAUCUGAAUUCUCAAUUUUGAUGUUAGAUUUCGGAACUGUACUCUGAAGCUGAAUUCUAGAACUUAAUUCUGGAUUGUUGAACUGAUUACUGAAUCUGUGUUGUGGAACUAAAUUCGAGACCAGGAUUCUGACUCGGAACUGAAUUCUCAACCCUGAUUCUACAGCUGAGUGUUAGCUACGGAAUUCCGGUUCAGGAUUCAGUUUUAAAAUUCGGAUCCCGAACUCGGCUCCGAAAUUCAAAUUAAUUCAGUUCAAAAAUUUUCAGAUUCUAUUUCCUGAUUUCAGUUAUUCUUCUAGAUUGUAGAACUGAAUUCUUGAACCAAAUUCUAAUCCUGCACUGAACUGAAUUUUUAAUAUGGAUUCUGGAGUGUAUUUUUGAAUUGAAUUCUGUGAAUACAGUUGAUCUAUGAAUCUAUACUACUAUAAUCCUAAAUUUCGGACUGAAGGUUCAGAACUCAGUUUUAGGAUUCUGAUACUGAAUUCUGAACUCCGGAUAGAAACUUUGAAACUGAAUUCUGCUCUGAUACUUCAGUUCAGAAUUCUGUUUCAAAAUUCAGAUCUAAGUCCAGAGUUCAUUUCUAAAAUUUAAUUCUAGAGCCUAGGUCUAGAAACGAGACCAUGAUCGCAGUUACAUAAUCCAGGCGCAGAAUUAAGUUCUAAAAUUCGGUUUCAGCUACAGAUUCAUAAUUCUGGAACUCGAUUCUGGCCUUGGAUUCGGGACGAGGAAUUAAAGUUAAGAUCUGUAUUGUGAAAAUGAAAAAGAAAAUCUUGUCUUGGAUUCUUAAUCUGAAAUCCAUAAGUGAGCUCUAGAACUGGAAUCCAGAACUGAGCUCCAGAACUGUGGGUACCUCAUGCUACUGAAAACUCUAUCACACAUUGCUGAUCACAUCUCCAAUAACGUGGAGAGAAAAUUAUGUUAAGUGGAACAAAAGAUAUUCAGGAUCAAUUAGAAUCUAUUAUACUGUAAACCUUUACUAAACUAAUUAUUUUCAUUUCCGAUUUGCAUAUUUCAAUAGAUAAGUAGUUCUAAAAGUUCUUUAGAUAACCUUCAGAGCCCUUUGAAGGGCUGAUUUUGUAGACUAUCUUUGUUCACUUUUCGUUGUAUUUUUCUCCAAUGCAGCUAGAUGACGCAAUCGCUCUUGUUCGAAGUGAAACUCACACUGCAAACGAUGCACAAAAAACCGUCAUGCAGCAGAACUGAAUUCUUGAUUCUUCAUCUAGAACUAAAUCCUUAAAUUUUAUUUAGAAACUGAAUUCUCGCUACUGGAACUGAAACUGAGCUGUGCACAUAAAGAAAAAAUGAAACUUACACGACAUGUAAACCGAUAGUACUAUGAAAUAGACAUCAGUUGAAACGAAAAUCUGAUUUAAAACCAUGAUUGAUGUAAAAUUACAUUAAAAUUCAUUUAGUUUUUCAUUGAACAAGACUGUAUAUUUACAAACCUCUUCGUUUUGUAAUGUAAAUUUCCAUUCAAUUGCCUGCUCCAAAUAUGUGCAUGAAAAUAAAUGUAAAAUCACAAAAUAUUUUUAUCUGUGUGGACCUCAACUAACCGAAAUGAUGCACCUGCUUCAUUGUCUGUUCAGUUUCUGUGCGCAGACAAGAAUGAACGAAAUAUAUCAAGUGUUAAUCUUCUUUACCUAUCCAGUAGGUAACGCAGAAAUGAAAUGUUGCUUACUACAUCAAAACCGUCGGCUCGGGUGCGAGAAAGAAAAACACGCGUCGUAAGUUCGCUUCUUUUAUACUCGUUGAUACCAAACAUUUCAGAAAACUUUAGUUUUGAAUAAUUUGUGAUAAUGUUAUACAAUUGAAAAUGUUAUCAUAAAAUGAUGAUAAUAUUCCAGAUGGCAUGUAGCGAAAAUGAUGUUGAUCCGUUAGAUACGACAAGAUAUAUUCGAGAUCAAAAACUUAUCACUCUCUCAGAGAGUAAAUUUUGAAAAGGCGCCCUAUAGUAAAGUAAGUCGUAUUCACGACAAAAAAAAACUAGUUAUUCGGUUACGACAUUGACCGUUUAUUUCUACACUUGAGAUCAAAUUCAAUGACUUAAUUCGGGAUCUGAAUUCAGGAUAAAAAUCUUGCCAAAGAUAAUGACUGAGAAGAUACAAUUCCCUUCACGAAAAGUACUCCCCGAGGUAAUUCAGUUGAAAUGGUUUCGUUUUUCCACGAAACCGGACCUAUUGGCUAUUACAAAACAAAAUUCUCAAAAUAUUGGCAUAACGAAACCGAAUUCCCACACAAAUUCACCCGCACACCUUCAGCUUUGUUGUCAUUCAUGACACUUCCCAUUCAGCACAGGACACUUCCGAAUGGAUUUCCCGAAACGCCAGCGGUUUGUACGCAUGUUUUAUUUUAUUUUUCAUUUUAGUAAUGUGGCACCAGUUCCCGCUGUCAGUUCUUUUGAUUAAUUUCCUUGAUUGGAUGCUGUGAAAGAAGAACGACUGCAAAUUUCCGUUUAUUGCGGUGUGAGAUGCCGUUUUUGUGUGGCAUGAGAUUUUUUAGGUACUUUUAUCAAAUAAUCUGGAUUUGUGUAGGAAAAAUAGUCGCAAUCUCAUGUCGCUGUUGAAGUGAUUGCGAACAUAUUCUGGAUAUUAUUUCAUCUAGUUUUGCUAUAAUAGAGCAGAAAGAAAAUUUCAAUAAACGGAUUAAAUUGGAAAUCGUUUCAACCGAGUUACGCAUCGGACAUGAUUGAUUUCAAAACAACAACAACAAAAAAUCUUCCACCACUGUCAAACCCUUAUACCGCUGUGAAAAUACGACGAGAGCGAAAACAAUUUCCCUAAAGCAACCGGAGUUCGCUCCGAAAAAAUCCCUACAGGAAACAAUAAUAAUCUGCCCCGGUAAGCUGAAUGUUGAUAGACAGCAGCAGGUUCUAACAACUACCGUGAAGUCAUCCGUUAUCCCUUGCCAGAAGAAAUAAGCCAAACCCAACCGCAUUAGACUUAAUGUAAUAAAGAAGAAUGUACCACAGCGUCAUAAAAAAAAGAAAAAUGUAAUUAAAAUUAAUGGAUUCUGUACAUUGCGUGUCGAAGUAAUCCUCCAAUGUUUACCCAAAAAAAUACUCAAUUUAAGUUUCUUGAUAGCAUUCGAUUGCGAGUUGUAGAUAUUCACAGAAAGGUAAUGCGCCUCACGGUGCAGUAAUUUGUAAUCCUAAAGUUAAGGACAUAAACGAGAAAACAAUAAUCAAAAUACAGUAAUUUUACAGAUUAAGCACUUUAGUUGUAAGCUUAUGAAAUUCCAAAAAAAAUCCAGUAGAUGAGAGUUUACAUGCUAAACCAAAAUGUGUAUGCAAUGUACUAAGCUUAAUCGAUGGAAUGUACUUUUUUGUAACCGCUUAAAUAUAAUGACUAGAAGCUAGAAGAAAAUCAUAAUUCAACCACGUGUUUCGAGCGAUGAAAAAUACAACAAAACAAGCAAUAAAAAUUAGCGAAAAAUUAUUGAAUUGAGGUAAGGGAAUUGUAAACCGUAAAGCCGUGACACAAAUGAACAUCAUAAUACACCAAAAGCAAAGCACCUGUCACACAAGGAAAGGUACUAAAAACCGCGAUCAAGGAAGUAAGCAAAUUUAGCUAAAUGAAUAUUUUGGUAAUAAAAAGAAAUGCGCAAAAUAAAAACGUUAAUGAAAAUCAAA